AUGGAGUCGGACCGCCUCGCGCGCGCCUGCGGUCAAGGCCCUGUCCUUGCCUCACACUCCGCAUCGAGCUCACCACUCCAAGCCGCGCGCACGAUCCCCGCCCCCGAGCCGACCUUCCCCAGCCACCUCAUCCUGGCCCCCGCGUCGAAGGUGCCCGCCCCGGAGCCCUCACCAGCACUGAGGAGUUCGAAGCCAUGGGAGCACCCCGAGUCCGCAUCCAUCGGUGGACCAUGGACAGGGCGGAUACGCGCCCGCUCCGUGCGCGCAGGCCCGCGCAAAUCGCCGUCGCCGUGCCCUCCACGCCCGCGGGCGUCGAGCCAACCGGCCGUGGUGCCAGUCUCCGCGCCGAGCAACCCCCGGUCGGUGCUCUGGAGCCUCCGGGAGGUUCUCGAGCAAGGCGGCGACGAGCGCCCGCUGGACGAGUGCCUGGACGUGCAACGCGUGCUCGACAAGUGGGCCGCGCACCAGAAGCAAACGCUGUGGGCUUGGCGGGGCACGGGCGCUGAGGCCGGCCUGGACCCGCGUUCGGACGUUGAUACGAGGAUCUUCGGAGCCCCGGUCAGCGUCGCCAUCCGGAGAAGUUCGAUGGUCACGGUGCUCGGAGGGUACCAGCACCCCAUCCCUUGGGUGGUCUAUGCUUGCGUUGAAGAGUUGAACCGCACCGGUAUCUACCAGCCAGGCUUGUUCCGCUCCGCGCCACAUCGGGGCCGGCUGGCCAAGCUCAUCGCCGAGUUCGAUAGCCCUGCGUCACCCGCCUCAUCGUCGCCACCGAGCGGGCAGACCUCUCCCGCCGGUGACUCUGCCCGCCUCUGCCCGCCGCCCCUCACCCCGACGUCCUCCUGCUCUUCACGUACGUCCCUGCGCAAGGAGAGCACGGCCGAUAUUGGGGCACUCCUCAAAAAGUAUCUCGACGAGAUGCCGGAGCCCCUUCUGGACGAGAACCUCGUUUCUGCCCUACAUGAGGUCUGCGUCGUGCCGACCCUCCGCCAACAAGAGUCAUCAGCAGCGACCACAGACGGUGACGGUGACAUGCAAAUGGUCGACGCACGUACGGUCUGCAAAGACUACUUCUCGGUCCCGUCCGGAUCUUCCUCUGAGGCUCAUCGAGCGCACUCCGCGCCGCCUUUUGCGCUCUCCUCACACAUGCUCAUGACUCCCUCUGAACGCCAGCGUGCGGCUCUCUCCGCCGAGUCCACCCAAGUCGCUGCUGCCCAACACCUCCUCCGUCUCGCGCCUCCACCCCAAUGCGUCCUCUUCGCGUACUUGCUCGCAUUCUUCACUCAGCUCCCGCUCUCGCCCGACAACGGGCUCACCCUUGACGAUGUCGCUCGCAUGUUCGGACGCUCGCUUGCCGGGGGUCCUCUCGGUGUGCGCAGCGCGGUACUCAUGUGGAUUCUCGAGCGCUGGGCUCGCGUCUCGGAUGGACUAUUCGACAUAACGUUCGGCGAGGACGCAGGUGAAGAUGAGCCGCACCCCGACCUCGACCUCGGCGUGCAGCAGGGUUUCAACACCACUCCCGAGGGCACGCGCAGCGAGCCCAUCUCGCGCGCGUUCACGGCAUCGCCCAUCCCGGUGGACGCGUCUAUCCGUUCGCCCUCCUCCACUACUUCGCCACGCGCCUCGUUGGUGCAUCACGACUCGACGCCGCGCGGGGACGUACAUGGGUCGAGCAUCCUCACGUUCUGCGAGGAGGACUCGCACGCGCAGUAUGUCUUCCCGCGCGCGCACUCCGACUCGGUCUCGACCUCCUCGGACGGCUCCGCGUCGACCGGAGAUAGUGAGGGCACCUCGCACGAGCUUCGUACGCCCUUCAGCGCGGACUGCUGCUCUCUCCCGGCGUAUCACGUUCAGUCCCCGCACCACUACACGCCUCAAGGCUCUCCAGAGGCGUACGCAUUCCCGCCGUACGAAGGCGUCCGCGCCUCAGGUGGCUUUGGCUUCGAGGAGGACGCGUACUCGCGCGGCCGGUUCUUCGCAUCACAGCAGCAACAGGAGGAGCACCACGCCAAGCUCGAGGCAAAUUCCGGGCGGCUCGGGCAUGAGCAUUCAGGCGUCCAUCGUCGGCAGAAUCGAUAG